AUGCGCCGCGCCAUCUCGUCCUCUCUCACUCGUGGCGCCUGCACUCUUGGCGUCAUGUCGGGGCUGUUUCAGCUCACGCAGUACCGCUUCCAGUCGCACCCACCGCCUGGUGUGCCGCAGGGCCGGCAGCAAAACCUGAGCGUCGCUCAUGCGGGAUCCAAGCAGGGUGACGAUGCGCAGCCAGAGUUUGAGCCCCCGAAGAAGCCGACAGAGGUGCCCAAGUUUGUGAAGAUCAACACGAAUGAGAAGGGCAUCACGAACGUUCAGCUGGCCCGUGCCCCGGUGAACUCGCUGAGCCUGGAGCUCUUGCAGGAGCUGAACCAGUGGAUGCUGUGGCUUGGGAGCAACGAGGAGACGAAGGCUGUGAUCAUCUCCUCUGCUAUUCCAACAGUCUUCUCGGCUGGGCUUGACCUUGUUGAGGUGCAUAACCCGAAGCCGGACCGCAUCGCGGUCUUCUGGCAAGGGUUCCAGGAGAUGUGGCUCAUCUUCAACUCCUUCCCCAAGCCAAUCAUCGCGGCCAUUACCGGCAACUCUCCAGCAGGCGGCUGUAUCAUCGCGAUGGGCUGUGACUACCGCGUGAUGGCUCGCGGACCGAAGGACAACACGAACAACAGCCGGCUCUACCGCAUCGGUCUUAACGAGACCAAGUUGGGACUCGUCGCCCCACCGUGGGUGAUGCCAGCCUACGCCUACCUGAUGGGCUCGCGUCAGGCGGAGCGGAUGCUGCAGCUGGGCGACACACCCGUGGCCGAUGAUGCGCAAAAGCUUGGGCUCAUUGACGAGGUGGCCGCUGAUGAGGAGCGGGCAAUCGAAGUCGCCUACCAGCAGGCGGAACGCUUUCUCAGCGUGCCACAGCAGUCUCGGUGGAUGGCCCGUGAUAUGAUGCGACGCGAGUACCUGCAGAUGCUUGCCUCAGACGAAGAGCGCAACUACGAUACAGAGUUUUUCACGCAAUUUGUGCAGAGCCCUGAGGUGCAGAAGAACCUUGAAAACUACCUGGAACGCCUCAAGAGCCGCUCCCGUAAGUAA